AUGCCCAUGUCAUCUGAGUCAUCUGCACGCUCUUCGAGUGGUAGGGUGCACGAGAGUGAUGUGCGGCCCACAGCCGAACAGGCAUGCAAGGAAUGCCGUCGCAGGAAGUCUAAAUGUGAUCGUAUGGUGCCAGUCUGUGCCUUGUGCCACAAGUUCAAGCGGCGAUGCAGCUAUGAAAAACAGACAAAGACACCGCUUACCCGGCGCUACCUUAACGAGGUCGAGAGUGAACUGGUGCGCACCAAGGCGCUGCUUCAGCAAUUCAUGAAAAACUCAAAGGAUGGUUCAAACGUGAACUUUGGGGCGCCAGCCGAAGAUAUAGGUCAAGUAUCUUGCGUGGUAGAUGCCGCCGGGUCUCAGCUCCUGAGCCAUCCGGAGUCAAGCGACCGGCGAACAAGGCCUCUGGGACCUCCGGCCAGUCCUGAAGUUCGCUCCGGACACCCAACCAGUCAAAGAGCAACCCAAGAGACCCGCACCGAUCAGCAACUUCAGUAUCGGUCAUCGGUCUCUGAAACCGGACCACAGACACUUUCCUGCCUAUCGCUGGAACCCCCUUCCUCUCCUACUAAUUUUGAGUGGGAUGAAAGAAAUGGGAACUCCAACGGCGAAAGGUUUGUCGAUGGCAUGGCCAGCUUGACGAGUGCAUCCCAUGAGGGGGGCUAUCUAGGGGUUGCGUCAGGUGCUGCAUUAUUGCGCGCUACUGAUGCCGGAAUCAGUGGAACAACCGAGGUUUCGGGUUUGGAACAACAGUCCUGCAUCCCAAACGAUCAACCUCCGCGUAUUCCGUUUGCGCUGAGUUCCCUGGGCCAGCUGGAACCAUUUGUGGACGCCUACUUCUCUCUUUUCCAUCGGUCGUACCCGAUCAUACAUGAGGCAACCUUUAGAGCUCAGCUCAUGGAAGUGAUUCCCCGACCAGCUGGCAACGCCUGGCAGGUUUUGUUAUUCAUAGUGUCCGCCAUGGGAAUGUGGACAACGGCAACACAACCGACCGAUGCUGACCUUGGGCUGUUUGAAGCUGCGAAAGCACGGCUUUCUAUCGAUAUGCUAGAAACUGGAAACUUGGUCCUGGUGCAAGCACUUACGAUAAUUUCGAAUUAUAUGCAAAAGAGAAAUAAGCCAAAUUCGGGAUACAAUUACACGGGCCUGGUGCGCCGCAUUGCGAUGGGUAUUGGUUUGCACAAAGAGUUUCCAAACUCAAAAGCUAGUUUGUUUACAACUGAGGUGAGACGACGGGUUUGGCACUGCCUUUACAUCUUUGACGUCGGUGCAAUUAUUACUUUCUCAAGACCAUUUGACUUUCCAGACGAUGGAAUCGACGUGGCCCUCCCAAUGAACAUCCAUGAUCCGGAUUUUACACAAGCAACCAAAUCCCUGCCGAUGUCUGCCGAGGAAACAACUGUGUACACUCAUAUGCGUGCCCAAGCCGCUUUCCACAUGGCGACUAGUAAGAUUUACUCUAAGAUAAUUUCAUCUCCAUUUCCUUCUGCAUCAGACUUGCUAGAUAUGGAUGAAAAGCUUAUCGGAUGCUGGCACUGUGACCUGCCUCCAUACUUCCGUGAAUCCGUUGUCCAAGAGCCCAGGUUCCGGUUAUGCCACUCAAUUUUACGAUGGAGAUAUCGGAACUUUCGAAUACUCAUGUACCGCCCGUUCCUGCUGAGCAGGCUUAUGGCACGUCCGGGACAAAGCACCACUCAGGACAACCAUGCCCAAGUCGAUGCCACCAUUCAGCGAUGCUUGGACGCAGCCCGCGAGUCUGUGGAGCUUAUAUCAAAUUUCUGGGCACAAGAGCAGCAUAAUAUGAUGGCCUGCUGGUACGGAUUAUACUUCUUGUUCCAAGCCAUCCUUAUUCCUGUAAUCUGUCUUCGCAAUGAUCCACAGGGACCGCUGGCGACUGGAUGGCGUGAGCAGAUCCAUCGAGCCAUGAGCACCCUUGAAUCUAUGGCACUACUCAACCCCACUGCAUACAGGUGCCUGUCGGUCAUUCGAAGCCGAUGCGGGACUUAUCUUGACACUUCGAGCGAGGGAUGGGGCCACCCGACGGAAGAGUCACCGCAAACACAAUUGGAACAUCUUUACCCAUUAAUGUGGCCAACGCUGGAGAUGGCCCAGCUUGAUGGGAUAGAUUCAGUUUUACAAGAGUCUACCAUUAUGGACUUCAUGAAUCAACUUCCGGACAUGUAA